UGACAGUGAUGAUUGGUCAUAGAAAAAAAAAUCAUUGAAUGGAUGAUAUUUGAGAUUUGAAAUGAAAUGAAUGAUGGAUCCAAAUAAAGUAAAUGAAACUGAUGAAUCGUUUAAUGAUGAAAAUGAUUCGGAUCAACAACAACAAGAUGAUAAUUUCGAAGAUGAAAUGACCACAAAUGAAUUGACAGUAAAAUCAAUUUCCGAAUUAACACCACAUCGUAUUUUGUUUUCAAUUAAACCUGGUUUUCCACGACCAAAAAGUUGUGGUGGAAAAUUGAAUCAAUUAUUCGAUACCGAUGGAAAACCUACCGGCACCAUCAAUGAUGAUGAUGAUGAUGAAUCAAAUGAAACGAAAAGUAUACAAACAAUAUCAUCAUCAUCAACAUUACCACCACCAGCAACAACAACAACAACGGUAAAACAACCAAUGAAUCGAUUACAUUCAUUAGUACAAUUACCCGAACAAUUAGAUUCACGAACAAAAAUUCAUUUAAAAAUGAUUGAAACAGUAACAAAUAAACAGGAAAUUCAACAACAACCAUUGAAUUAUCGUUCAAAAAUUUAUGUUUAUAAUUUUUUUAAUUAUCCAAAUUCAUUUUGGUCAUAUGGUUAUCAUUUAACACUUGCAAUCAUUCUAAUAUUUUAUUUGGGUCUAGUAAUGUUUACAUCACAAACAACAUGGGAAGAAAAUUGUUUUCUUUAUCGUAACGAACAUCGUUUUAAAUCAUAUUUUGAAUUGAUAAUUUUUUUACAUUUUUUAAUUGAAUUUUGGUUAAGAUUUUGGUCAUCACGUGUUAAAUUUCCAUAUAAAAAUCUUAAUAUAAAACGUUGGAUUUUCAAAUAUUUUUUCUAUCGUAUAUCACAUAUAUUUGAUAUUUUAUUAGUUAUCGGAGGGAUUUUAUCUGCAACUUGUUUUAUUUGGUCAAAAUUACCUAUUGAUUUUACCCAGAAUCUUUAUGCAUUAAUAAUGUUACGUGGUUUUCAUCGUUUAUUCAAUGUUUUACAAUGGACUAGUGUACAAAAACGUGAUAGUCCAUGGAAAAUUCUUAUUGAAGUUUUUCAUGAUGGUGGACAAUUAUUAUUCGCUAUGUUUUAUCUAGUUUUACUAAUAAUAUUCUUGGUUGCAUAUGGAAUAUUUUUGGCCGAAACAAAUCCCGAUCAUGAUCAUAAUUUAAAUGAUACAAAAAUUAAUAAUCUUAUGGAUUCAAUUUAUACAACAUCAAUAACAUUAUUAACAGUUGGUUAUGGUGAUUAUUCACCAAUCACAUAUGCUGGUCAAGCAUUAACCGGUAUUGGUAUAUGGAUUGCAUUAGCAUUGUUUGCAAUACCAAGUGGACUGAUUGCAACAUCAGUUGCAUUAAAAAUAACCGAACAGGAAGAAAUACGUAAAGGUAAAAUACGUAAAAUGUUAGCAACAACAUUAAUACAACGUGCAUGGCGUUUUGCACGAAGACAACGACAAUAUGAAAUGGUUAAAUGGUUGGAUCAGAUGAGAAAAACAGGUCAGGAAUCAUCGAUACCGAUUCGUACACAUCAAAUAUUAUGGGAUAAAAUUGAUCAUGUAAUUGAAAAUCGUCAACAAUUUUUUGCAACACAAUUCAUACAAUUAUUAUCAUUGAAUCGUGCUCGACGAAAAUUUCGUAGAAUCAUACGGCCAGAUACUGAUCCACGUCCAGCAAUGAAAUCAUAUCAGGUUAAAAAUUCAGAUACCAUCGAUAUAUUGGAAAAUAUUCAUCAACAAUUAGAACAAAUAAUUCAAAAACAACAACAAACAGCAGAUAUUGAUAAUCAAACAAUAUUGGAUUUUUUCGAAAAUAAACUUAAACAAAUGGAACAAAAAAUGAUUGAACAGAAUAAUGUUUUACAGGAAUUA